UUAGUUACCGUUUUUACCCAUCAUGCAUCACGGAUAUGAUAGUUGAAGGUAACCAAGACAAACAGCGUUACAGAGAUGUUUGUUGUUAGCUAAACCUUUAGCUUUACUUCUACUGUUACAGUUGGUAGAUAAUUAUCUAAAGCACCGAGAGCUAAGUGGUAGGAAUGGGACCUGACCGGAAGUAAGGACUUUUAGAAUAAGAGAAGAGUCCAUAUAAUGAUGGAGAAGGAACAGCACAACACCGUGGUCUUUAACUGCUCCAAGAGAGAGCUGUUCACCGCCAACAAUGGGUACAAAACCAUGCAGAAGAGACUGCGAGCUCAGUGCAAGAUACACAGCAUGAAGGAGGAGCUGUCCCCUGAGAGGCUGAAGGGCGUCAAGCUGUGGAUCACCGGGGGCCCAAGGGAGAUGUUCACAGGAUCAGAGAUGGAGACUCUGAAGCACUUCCUGGAUGGAGGAGGAAACGUCCUGGUUAUGCUCGGUGAAGGAGGAGAGAGGAAAUAUGGCACAAACAUUAACUAUCUGUUGGAGGAAUACGGGAUAGUGAUCAACAAUGAUGCUGUUGUUAGGAAUGUAUAUCAUAAAUAUUUCCAUCCCAAGGAAGCGCUUGUUUCUAACGGUGUAUUGAACAGAGAGAUCAGCAGAGCUGCUGGGAAAGUGAUCACAGGAAUCAUUGAAGAGGAGAAUGUAGGAAACAAUGCACAGGCUCUCACGUUUUCAUAUCCGUACGGUGCCACUCUGAACGUGAUGAAGCCGGCUGUGGCUGUGCUUUCAACGGGCUCAGUCUGCUUCCCCCUUCACAGACCUGUCCUGGCCUUUCACCAAGGAAAGGAGGCUGGUCAACUUGUGGUGUCUGGUUCCUGCCACAUGUUCAGUGACCAGUACAUAGACAAAGAAGAGAACAGCAAAAUCCUGGAUGUUGUGCUCCAGUGGCUCAUGACUGAUAGCAUUCAGCUAAACCAGAUUGAUGCUGAAGACCCAGAGAUCGUGGACUACACCAUGUUGCCCGACACAGGGUGCUUGUCAGAGCAGCUCAGGGUGUGCUUGCAGGAGGGCGAUGAAAACCCCAGAGACUUCACCUCUCUCUUUGAUAUGUCUUUGUUUAACUUUUCAACAGACACUCUACCCCAAGUCAUCAGUGCUUACAAGCAACUAAAUGUCAAAGACGAGCCACUGCAGCUGAUCAUGCCACAGUUUGAAACUCCACUACCACAGCUUCAACCUGCUGUCUUCCCGCCUGCUCUAAGUGAUCUGCCUCCCCCCAUGCUGGACCUGUUUGAUCUGGAUGAAACGUUUUCCUCUGAGAAAGUGCGCCUGGCACAGCUCACCAACAGAUGCACGGACGAUGAUCUUGAGUUCUAUGUGCGGAAAUGUGGGGAGAUCCUCGGAGUGACUCCGAAGUUGGAUAAAGAUCAGAGGGAUGCAAAGCACAUCCUGGAGCACAUUUUCUUCCAGGUUGUUGAAUUCAAGAAACUAAACCAGGAGCAUGAUAUUGAAACAGAGGCCCGAUUCACUCCAGUGUUACGGGAUCCAUGAACACUCAAGUCUUUGACAAAGAUGGAAGUUUAGUCUGAAGUUAAAAGGAAGAACUGUCACAGGAGCUGAAGACUUUUACCCACAUGAUAAUAAAAUGUACCUGUACAUAGUUAAUAUUUUCAUACCUUUGUAUUUUGCUUUACUAAAAAAGAACUAUGUGUAAACAAUAAAAGUCAUUGAUAAUUUA